AUGCUUGUUCAAGUGUGGGCCACAGAUUGUAGCAAUAAAAAAACAAGAUGUUUGUUCGUUUGUGGUCUUUUAAGUUGUAGUGAAAAAAUCACAGAUUAUAUUUUUGUAAAUAUGAAUGUGUAAGACCAUCUGCUGAAAAACGUCGUUCAAAAUGGUGUUCAAAGUCUUGUUGAAUAUCUUAUUAGUGUUAAUUUCGACUUUUGGAUUCUUGUUUGCAUUUGUAGCAGCAGGCAGUUUGAUGACAUUUCUUUCCUAUAUCCCAUCACCGAAAGUGAAUGUUUCAGAAGUACAUUGGACCACAGCUACGAUAUGGGCUUUGACUGUAAAUACAUCAUUGUUAUGCCUUUUUAUGUUCCAACAUUCUGCUAUGGCCAAACCAUUUUUCAAGAGGGCAUUGUAUACUUCUGGAUUACAAGUUGCUGAAAGAAGCAUUUAUGUAAUUGCAACUUCAAUUGCAUUGCAGUGUGUAACGCAGUACUGGCAACCUAUUCCAUGGCUAAGUCUCUGGCACAUUGACACUAGUGGAAGAGUGCUGUGGACGGUAUUUACUGUGGUGCAUUGUUUUGCUUGGUGCGUUAUUUAUAUUGGUACCCUGAUGAUGGACAUUGGGGAGAUGUUUGGCAUCAAGCAAGUUUAUUAUUCCUUAUGUGGACUGCCAGAUCCCCUAACCUUCAAGUCCAGAGAGUUACGAAGAUUUUAUCUUCAUAUGCGUCAUCCAAGUUUUAUUGGAUUCUGUGCCUUGCUUUGGAUUUAUCCCGUAAUGAGCUUAGACCGAGUGCUGCUAGCAGGACUGUGGACUAUUUAUAUGAUGGUUGCAUGGAAUGUUGACCGGUUUGAUUACCAGUACCAGUGCCAACAGCUGAGGCGGAAACAGUAUAAGGUCAAUUCCAAACUUAUGUAUUGAUAUUUUAUCAAGUGUUCAGUGUGUGAAUUACAAGCACAGAACUUAAGCAUUUUACGUGUACCUCAUUGAUGUUCAGUAUGGUGAUAAAAGAAUUAAUUAUUCUUUA